UCAUGGGUGUACGAAUAAAUUAUGUGCCGACUGUACACACAUACGUACAUAUGUAUGUAUGCACAUAUUUUAAAGAUACCAGCGCAGCUGAAGGUGGUUUCAUCAUCUGGCUUCGCUCACUCUCAUAGGCACGAACUGACAAAAAUAGUGCCGCUGUUGAUUUUCAGGCUUAUAUUUUGGAUUGACCUUUACAUGUACAUUUGUCAAUACUUAACAAUAAUUUUCAAAUCAACAUAUUUUUAGUAAAUUAUUUAAAAAUAUACAUAUUUAUGUACACAUGGCUAAGAAAAUGAAUUCGAGUAUUGAUAAAGCAAAACACUUUUUCGUGGAAAGCGGGAUCUUAGGGCCCACCAAUUUUAGAGACUCACACGACUUGUUUCGGAAAACUUCUACUAUUCACAUUGAUACAGACUUAAAGAAUCAGAUAAGGAAAACAUCCAUGUGCUUGCGGUCGAAGGUAUUUAUUGAUAAGACUACCAUCAACAGAGCAGACGAUUCCCUUAUUAAUCUUCAAAGCGAAAUCUCUAAUAUAAGAGAUACAUUAAUCAAUGGAGAGACUAAAAUUAUAAUUCUCCGUACUGAAAUUGGCAAACUAAAGCAAACACUUCAAGCUAUAAUGCAUGCUCAGAUGGAAGCUCGAAAGUAUCUUGAUGAGAUAAGCAUAAAAAUUAAUAAUCCAAACACGAGACUCUGUUUAUUUUGCCGACCUAAUAAUAAUUCCGUGAAAGAAUCGCCGAGCUCUAUCUAUAGACACAAAAUAAAUAAUCUGAACCACAAUGUUUUAGUUGAAAAAAAUUAAUCACAUUGUGUGUUUCGAUGGAAAAUAAAAGUAUUGUACAAACUUGUAUUAUAUCUGAGGGUUUUUAAUUAAAAAAAUAUAUUGCUUUUUUAA